AUGGCGGUAAAAUGCGAAAGCGACAUUAGCGAUGAUGAAAAUGAAGGUCGUUCUUCAAAAUCCAGAAAGAAGUCAAGAAAGAGAAAAAUGAAAAAACUCAAAUGCGAGUCAUCUGAUAACGACACUACUAGUGAAAAGCCUGUUGACGGGCACUGGGGCCGCUGGUCAUCAUGGUCUACAUGUAGCAAAUCAUGUGGUAUUGGCAAGCAAACAAGAACAAGGUUAUGUAACGACCCACCUCCAAAGUAUUCAGGCAAAUCAUGUGUUGGUUCAAACACUACCGAACAGUCUUGCAAGGUUUCUACCUGUGGUCUUGGUCCAGAUGACUGCGACUUUGAGGACACUUUGUGCCACUGGCAUCAACCAACAACGUAUGAAGAGAAUAACUUUCGUUGGGAGAGAUACACGGGGAACACUCCUAGCUCAAACACCGGACCUUCUGAGGAUCACACGACAAAAACAGGUUUCUACGUUUUUGCUGAGGCGUCGUCUCCAGCCAGUGAAGGAAAAACUGCAAACUUUGUCAGCAAAGAAUUUCCACCAACAGAAAUCCGAUGCGUAACAUUUUACUAUCACAUGUAUGGUGAAGGAAUGGGAACCCUUAACUUGUUUGUUAACGACACCAGUACUGGUGAUAUGAGGUUACUAUUUACAAAGACUGGUAACCAAGGAGAUGAAUGGAAGAAAGGAAACGCAACGAUAUCAAGUUCAGGGAAGUACAAGGUUGUGUUUCAAGCUGUUCGUGGAAUGACAUUUGAAAGUGAUAUCGCCAUCGAUGAUGUAAUGUUUUACAAAACCUCUUGUCAGGCCAUAACCACUACACCACCUGUAGUCACUACCCAACCACCUGUAGUCACUACCCAACCACCUGUACCACCUGUAGUCACUACCCAACCACCUGUAGUCACAACCAAACCACCUGUAGUCACUACCCAACCACCGGUAGUCACCACGAAACUACCUAUAGUCACCACUCUAGCCACAACCAAACGCCCCUGGACCUUUCCACCAACAAAAGCUCCAACAUGCCAAGAUUACGACAGAUAUUGUCAAUCCUGGGCAAACCGUGGAGAGUGUACGAGAAACCCUAGGUACAUGAAUGUCUACUGCAAGAAGAGCUGCGGCAGAUGCUCCUCUGGGUGCACUGAUUACAACAAUAACUGUCGCUAUUGGGCUUCAAUAGGAGAAUGUUGGCGCAACUCUCUUUACAUGCACACCAACUGCAGGAAGAGUUGUAGAUUCUGUACAACUCCUCCUCGUUGUGUUGACCGAUCGUCAACAUCUUGGUGUCAAGCGAACAGAUAUUUCUGUUCUUUUACUCGGUACCAUCAAUUCCGACAGAAUUGUAAGAAAACAUGUCGUUUAUGCUGAUACUGAACAAAAAAGGUUAUGCUAGAUAUUCUUGGUGUUGGGUUCUUUCUGUUUAAUCAGCGAGGUAGUCUUGAAAACAUAAUAAAGCUUUUAUCCAAACUGU